AUGGCACUUGAAUGUUUCAGUUGGAUUACACAAAUUUUGUGUCAUAGAUAUGAUAAUGAUGAAGAAUUAUCAUUUCUUAGACGUUUGCCUGAUUGUCUCCUCAUCGAAAUCCUUAGUAGACUUCCCGCAGAUUGCCUUGUUGGAGUGUCCAAGACAUUGAUCUCAUCGCGGUAUUUUUCCACCUUACAUCUCAAAAGAGCUAGGCCUCUACUAAUCCUACACUACAAUCGCGUUGGUACUAAUAAUGAGCAUAACCUUUAUGUGUUUGAUCAAAGUCUUAAUAAGGAGGAGGAGAAGAUGUUCACGAAAGUACUUCUUAAACGCAACCAUAUGAUUAAUAUGGCUAGAAACAAAUCUCAUCUUCAAUACUCUUGUGAAGGUGUUCUUCUGUUCACUGCUGAGUAUUAUCCGCGUACCUAUGCCAUUUUCAAUCCAAUAACACAAGAAAAAGUAAUUGUACAGCAUAAAUUCAACCCUGGCAAAUUGUGUGCCUUUUAUUAUUGUUCAUUGACAAGACAAUUCAAACUGAUUUAUGCACAAGGAAAAGAUAAUUGGUUUCAGUAUUCCAUAUACUCUGUCAGGACACAAACGUGGAAGAGGAAAAUUAAUUGUCCGACUCCCAAUCUUGUGCCGAAUGACUCUCCUGCAAUUGUCAAUGGAUCAGUGCAUUUGCUUGUGGGUAGAGAUUUAGAGAAACCGGAUAUUCCUCCUUGUGCUAAAGGUAUCUUGGUGCUUAAUAUGGACAAAGAAGAGUUCUCAAAUAUGCCUCAUCCCGGAAGUUGUAGCUCAUGGAAAUUACAUCAAACGAUGUCUCUUUUAGUGAAGGAUGAGUCUUUGUCUCUCUGUCAAUUGUUUAUCUUUGAUGAUAUGAUGGAUAUAUGGAUCUUGGAGGACUAUGGAACAUGGUCAUGGACCAAAAAAUGCAAGGUUAAACUUGUAUUUAAUAACUAUUAA